AUGCUAGCAGCCUUCGUGAGUGGGGUGUUCGGAUGUGACUCUGCCGAACUCAAGUCACGGCAGCUGACACAGCGCACAGCCCAGGGCGGCCAUGCCAUCCUUUACCUGUUCCAACGCAGCAGCAGCAAGGAGUUUGCCUUCGCUGUGUGCAACACCGGAGAGGGCGUCAACGAUCACCCGCAGGAAGCUGGGGCUGACAUCUUCCCAAAGAUGAAACAUGUCACCUCCUGGCGACUGAUUGGUGUACCUGCAGAGAAGAUUUUAGACGAGCUCUGGCUACACUCCCUCUUCAAGAUUUACUUCACGAAGGCAGACCACCACAAGCCUCCCAUGCUCUACGAGGUGUUGCUUCCGAUGAUUCUCGCCAACGGAGAUGUGAGGAAACAAACCGACGAGUCAUGGCUGGUACCGGCCACUUUGCAGCGCGCUGGCUCCUGCUACUACAAGUGCAUCCCGGCGGCGCUGCGGCUGAUCAUGGGCCUGAGGCAUGUGGAGGAGUUGCAGAGGAAGCGGGUUUUCUUCCAGCUGCGGCUCCAGCAGUUGCAGCGCAUCAGCUCGGCGCUGCAGUCCACGGAUUUGCAGGCGCUGAGCCGCUCCGACCUCAUGGUGGUGGAGUGCGCCUGCCGCCAGGUGGCGCAGAAGGUGCUGCGCGAGGAGCGGAAAGGCCUGGCCUGCGGCGAGAUGGAGGCCGCGCGGCGCCUCAUCGCGCAGGUGGACGCCAAGGUGGCAGAAGCUGGCGAGGUGAAGAGGCAAGCUUUGGCGGCCAAAGCCGUGGGCAUCAGCGAGGGUGUACCGAAGGACCACGUGGGCUACGUGGGCUUUCCCGGCUGGGACAUGGUGGGCAUGCCUUGGGCCACCAAAGGUAACAACAACUACAAGGCCUACAGCCACCUCAUGGGCCCGAAGGACUUCCAGAAGCCUGAGAGCUUCGUGGACAUUGCGUCGUUGCGAGAGCUCAGUGGCAUUGAACUGCUUCUGAAGACGCGUGACGUUUGUGAUCAGCUCGAGGCCAAUGGUGUGGAGGAGACCAACAAGCUGAGGAUUGGCGCGGUGAUCGAAGACGUCUUCAUCCGCCAGUUCCCCUGCGGCCACGCGGGCUGGGAAUCCUUGAGCUUUGACAUGGCGGAGCAGAAGAAGCUCCUGGGGGCGCUCUGGCGCUUGGUGCAGCACUACGUGGCCGCCUGCGCCUCCAGCAAAACCGCCCGCGAGCAGAUUGCGGCGCAGGUGCUCACCAUGCGGUCUUUGCACGUUGCCUACGAGGAGACUCUCAGGACGCCGGCCUCGGAUGGCAUGCUGCCCACCACCCAGGCCAUCCUUUGCCCCAUGGGUGGCGACGACGUGGAGACCUUCAGGCCGACCUGGAGUCUUCCAGGGGAUCCCGAUCUCAAGGGCCGCAGCGCGGCGCUCGCCAGCGAGGGCCUUCCAAUGUCCACGCCCUUGCUGGCAGAGGCGCGAGAUGCUUUGCAAAAGCAUCCCGCCGGCGCCAAAUCGGAGUCCAUUUGGGAUACAUCCUUGAACGGCUUGAAGUUCGACGCGAAGUGUUUGGCCGCGACGCAGAAGCUGGUGAUGGAUCUCACCAGAAAGGUCUUGCGGAUUAUGAGCUCCGAGUUGCCGCCAGCCCACAGCGAGGACUGGCCGGGGUGGACAGUCCCCUUUGGCUGGGCUUUGAAUUCCGGUGGGCCCAUCAAGCAGCGGGCGCCGGAGUUCUACUGGUGGCGUGACAUUUGCGUCUGGAGCAAGUACAUGUCAUUGGAUCCUGCCAGCAGGAACUUCAAGGGCGUCUUCGCGGCGGAUGCCGCGGAGAUCCGGUGGCACGUGGGCUACUGCAAGCCCUGCGAGAUCCUGAAGUGCGAGCCGAAGUCGCUACACAACACCAUCAAGUUUGACCAGCUCAGCAAAGGCUUUGUGGCCCGGACCGGCGCAGAUCCACAUGCCACAGGCUUGGACAAGGUCUUUACCGAGGAUGAUGUGGUUCAUACGCCCACGCUACCAAAUUUCGGUAAGGCUCUUGCCCAAGAGGAGGCUGAGUAUGUGGUGAGCGCUUUGACGGCGCCCUACCUCCGCAUCCCGCUGCUUCUGCACUUCUUCGCUGCUGACCGUUUGCACGCGUUGAAGCAGAGGUCGCUGCAGCAGCUGCUGUGGGCGGCGCUGAUGGAGCCGGCCACCUGGGCGGAUGAGUCCCAUCCCCCGGACAUCGAGAACGCGCCGGAGCUGACCUCGAAGUUAGGCACCGGCCUUGGGCUCUUGAACAACGAGGUGGGCAAAGGCCUGGGCACCAUCUCGGCGCCCUUCUGCGCGCUUUGCGCGCAGGCAGAUGAGCUGGCCCGCCUUGCGCCACCCGAGGAGUUCGAUGGGCCCCCAGCGGAGAUUCUGCUCUUCUUUGUCAGGCUAUGCAGCCGAUUCUUGGAUCAGCUGCACCACCAGGGCUUGGACUCGCACCCCGAGCUGGCAUCGACCCUCACCAACUUCCUGGAGAAAAAUGCCUUGCAGCACCUCCAGCGCUGGACCGAGGCCUGUAGCCAGGAGAUGGACGUACGCUGCCGCAUGCACGCCCACGUUGCCCUGACCUGUCUCCAUCGAGACUUGUCGGUGGACGAGAACAUGAUCUUACUGCUCAGCAGUUGCUCCUACGUCUUUGCAUGGUACGAGCAAGACUUUGCCGAGCAGUUUGGCACUGAACUGCAGAUGCUCCUGGAGGUGGUGCAGCGUCGGCGCGCAGAUGUCAUCAGCACGCUGGAAAGCGCCAGCGCCCGCUCACGCAAGCAUAUCUUCGACGAGGUCAGUAAGAUCACCUCCAACUUCUUUGCCGGCGAUUUCGAGUGGCAGCCGACGGAGGGAGGCUUCAAGUGCAAGAAGGACCGCGGCCCUUCUGCAGUCUUCAACACCCAGACUUGCACGCUGUGGCUGGAUUCAGGGCUGCUGCGGCCCAUCCCUCCCAAGCUGCAGCGGGUGCCGCAAUUUGUGGAGUUCUUCCGGCAGCACCCGGUGAAGCUUCAGCCCACCUGCAAGCCCCUGAGGCUGGCCACGAAUUGUCACCUCCUAUCAGCGGUGGAUGAUGACGGCAUCACGCUGGAAAUGCAGUGGUGGUCGGAGACCAAGAAAACCGGGAAUGCGAAGUACGUGGAGCCAGAGGACUCCUCCGGCAUGUCCUGGAAGGAGGCCUCGAAAGGAUCAAUGGCUGUCGGGAUGCCAUGGGAGCAAGACGACGUGUGGUUGUUACCUGGGGGCAUCGAGUGCGAGCUCAACGAUGUGGCGGUCUGGCUGCGGGGCUUGGACAAGGAGCCGCUGGCAGAAGUCUGGGAGAACUUGCUGCGCUUCUGCGAGGAGCCGGGCCACGAUGAUGAAGGUGACAGCUUGGGCCCCAUGAUGGGCGUUUGGUACUGUCAGAGGAAUCAGCUGGAGGACGCAAAGGAGCUGGUGGCGCUGCAAGUGGAUCCCACGCUGGGGAUCCUGGAGGCGCGCUUCGCGGCGCAGGCCGCGCCGGUGAUCCGCGGCUUUGCCAUCAGCGAGUUCGGGCGCCACGCCUUCCGCACGCAGAUCUUCUGCUCCGACGCGGCGCUGAGCUACGCGGCCCUGGUGCCGGACGCCAAGAACCGGGAGGUGCCCCUCUGCAGCCCCCAGUUCGCCGGGAGACUAGGCUUCCUUCCCUCCAUGGAGUCUUUGGCGCUCUUCGACGACGGCAAGCGGCUCUGGGUGCCGCCCACGGCGCUGCAGGGGCUGCUGCCGGCAGUGCUGCUGGAGGGCAUGCGCUUUUGGGGCUCCUGCGACUACCACUCGGGGGCAGUGGGAUUUCAAGGCCAGCCAUACAAUCCCCCGGUCUACAGCAGUCUCAGCUACACCAUUCACGUCACCUGCGAGGAUGGAGUUGCAAAGGUCACCCGCCAGGUGGGGGACCAGACCUGGCUGCUGGCCAGCCCCAUCCACGCGCCCAGCGGCUCCCAGAUCUCCCGCUUCGCGGCCAUCCUGGCGCCUUUGGAGGCGAUGAGCCACACGCUCUUCUGGACCAAGGAGGACGGGCGGGAGGUGGUGCUGGUGGAACUGCCCCGCGUGCAGCUCCGUUUCAAGCCCGGGAAGGACCCCGCGAACCGCGGCCUGCGGCUCUUCUCCAAGGAGUUCGGAGGUUUUUACCUGCUCAACCGAGACGGUGUUCACGACCCAGAGGCCUGGCAAGAUGCCACCGGGGACUCCAGAGCCGCGGAUCUCGCCAAUUUCCUGGCGAAGAUGCCGCACGCCGUGGUUCUGCGGAGCACCGCAGGGGCCAUUCGCAUCCUCGUGACCAAUGCAGAGGUCACGAGGCCAGCGAUCAAGGUCAAGCCCUUCUCAACCGAGCUGGUGGUGAACCGGCGCAAGCUGGUGAUCCAGGGCCUGAAGACCUUCCUCUGGGACUUCCACGAGUCGGGGGCGCUGCUGCUGACCUCCUCCCUCAGUGGCACUCUGUACCUGAGCCUUCUGACCUUGCUGCACAGAGACUACACCGCCACCUCGCGGCUCCUGGGAUCUGUAGGCUUCGACGAGGGCAUCUCCACCGACGAGCUACGGCUGUUGAUGAUGAACAUCUUCAACACAAUGGCGGAUCGACACCCAGACGCCUCAGCGCUGCGCUUGAAGCUGAUCUUGGCGCUCAUCGCCCACAACCCCAAGCACCCGCUGCUGAAUCCGGACGAGAAGCUGAUCCAGUCCGAGUACGGGGACUACCUGCUGAAGCUGAGCCACGUGUCUCAGAGCUGCCGACUGCUGCUGCGGGAGGAAGGCGCCCUGCUUCGGAACAUGGUAGACAUGGCGGUGGAUUUUUGGCCGCAAGCCAGCAACCGCAAGAAGUUUGUGGAUGCGCGCCUCAACGAGAGCACGGCCUGUGUGCUGUCGUAUGGCGACGGACAUCCCGCUGGGAAACGCAAUGGUUUCCUGGGCUUCAGCACCAUCUCCCGCGUGGUGGGGAUAUUUGUCACCAACAAAUGGUACGAGAACUUCACGGUGGAUGAGAAGGAGCAGGGCAACAACCGCGGGGACUUGGAGUCCAUCCUGGCUCUUAUGGACCGCUUCGACAAGGAGGAUUGGACCUGCUCUGGCUCGCUCUUCUUUACCCUCUACGCGAUUCUCACAGGCGUCAGCAAGACAACGCUGAAUGGGAAGGAUGUGGCCCAGCGUGUGGGGCGACUGGCGAUCGAAAAGUUCUGGCUUCGGAUGAUUCGACUGGCCAAGAACCCGUCAGGAGAUGACCAACGAAUUAUCUGCACUUUGUGGUCGGUGCUGGGCAUGAGUGCUUUGGGCUCCACCGGCAGUUUGCCGGAAUUCCGGGAAGCAGCGAAGCUGUACAAGGAAUCCAAGUACGGUUGCCUGAUCGGCCACGACGAGGACGGGGGGCUCAAGUUCUUCAACAAGCUCUACAAAGCCCUAGAGUCUGGCCACGCUGCGGCCGAGGAUCUGGUGCCUCAGGUCUCCAUCCAGUCCAAUAAUAAGACCUCUAAGCUGGAGAUCAGCGAUGAGAAGAUGCCUCGGUUCCUACCACCCCCUGCGCCACGGCUCUUGGACUUUGCCAGAAGGAGCUGCGACCUGCAGAGGGAGGUCAUGUCUCUGGUUGGCCAGCCGAUGAAGGCCAUCGCUGAAAAGUUUGUCUGCGAGUUUGAGGAGUCCUUGGCAGUUCCUGAGAACCCUUUCAGCACCGAGCGCCUGAAGAGUUUGCCCGGGGGCAUGACGCGGAUUGCCGCGGACAUCAUCGCGGGCAAGCUGGAUGGACACGCAGUGUACCUGGACCGCGCCAAGAAGCGAAAAGGCCUCGGCCUGAAGUUCUUGCCGCCUGCUCCCACGGAGGGGGACCUGAAGGAGGCCCUGACGGCACUGGCUGCGUUGGAAGAAGAGGUGAAGUCUUGCUGGUCCAGUGAUCUUCAGAAAGUGGUCUCCCUGCGACGGGAGCUUCUGAGCAAAGCCGACGAGGCCGCGGCAGACCAGGGGGACGGCACACGCUUCUGGCUCGGCAGAAGAGGAGGCAUCGAAGGGCAUCUCUGGCUGGAAUGGUGCGUGGGCGCGGAGCUGGACAACGAGCGACACUUCGAGGGCUGCUGCGCUGCCGUGAACAAGGUAGUGGACAGGGGCAUGGCCAAAGACGUGGGCAAAGGCAUCUUGACCCUGAUGCUCUACGUUUGCCGUGUGGCGCAGGCCCAGCUGGUGCUGGGGGCGCUGCAGGACCUGCGACAAACCGUGCAGCAGACGACGCAGGUGGACGAGGUCGCAUGCAAGGAACUCGCCAGCCUUGGGAACCGCUUGGCGGUGUUCCUGGGCUGCCAGCGGAACUAUACGGAGGAGGAGCCCCAAAUCUCCCCGGCCUUUCUCCUGUUCGAGUAUGUUACCGGCUUCCUGGUUCGCAAGCAGCAGGUGACUCUGAUCCGUCGCUUUGCGGAGGAGGCGUACAAAGGCGGCUCGUUGGUGGCGCAGAUGAUCAUGGGAGCUGGCAAGACGACCUGCAUCGCACCCAUGCUGACGCUUCUGUUGGGCAAUGACGGGCGCUUGGUGGUGAACAUCGUGCCCAGGGCGCUGCUGGCGCAGACGCGGAACGUCAUGCGGAAGAUGUUUGGGCAGAUCCUCGCUAAGCGCGUGGUGACCCUGGAGUUUACCCGCAUGAUGGGCCAGGACGACCCCUAUGAUGUGCAGCUGGUGAGGCAACAGCUCUUCGAUGCCCAAAGGGAUGCGGCUGUGGUGUGCACCACUCCUGCGGCGAUCAAGUCGAUGUUCUUGCGGCAUUUGGAGCUCCUUCAGCUGAACCACCUGCAGAACCAGACACUGCAGAAGUACAAAGCGGAGAUGCCCAAGGCUGGUUGCCGUUCAGCCCAUGGAAGGCGGGAUGCAGUGUCGCAGACACGCAUCAAGAAGCGGAUGGAGGACGUGAACAAGGAAAUCGAGGGCAAUCGCGUGAUGGCGGGCUUCAUUGGCGAUGUCUUGGGGAUGCUUCGCAAGAACAGCUGCGCGCUGAUUGAUGAGGUGGACCUCGUCUUGCACCCUUUGAAGUCGGAGCUGAACUUUCCCAUCGGCAACUUCGAAAUGUACGACUUGGGCUGCGAGCGCUGGAACCUGGCUGUCCACUUGCUGGACGCGCUCUUCCUCAACGACGAGGGCCAUGCCGCGGCAGGCACCUUCUUUCCAGAGCUGCGGAAUUGCCCCGGCAAGGUCGGGGAGGACGCCACGGCCUGCGUUUGCCACUUGGAGGAGCGGAUCCCGCAGAUCGUGCUUCAAGGCUAUGAGCAGCUUUCUCUGCAGAAGCAGCCGCAUUUGGUGCUUCUUAGCCGGCCCUGGUACGACAACAACCUCCGGAGGCCAUUAGCUGAGUGGCUGGCGUGCUGGAUCGUCACCCGCGCUGAGGCCGAGAAGUUCCGGGAGUCUGUCGACUUCAAGGACGUGUGCGACUUCCUAUCGAUGGAACUGUCGGAGCUUCUGAAGUCCAGCGUCAGGAGCAAGGUGGAAUCAAAGGCGGACGGCAUGAUCGGCAAGCUUCUCACCCUUGGUCGUGAGUGGUUGUUCAGUCUGGUGCCGCACGUGCUCUCAAAGAUCGACCGAGUCCAGUACGGGCUGCUGACGGAGCGCGAGCUUGCGACCCCUGAAAACGAAAAGGCCCCCUCCAGCCGGAGGCUUUUGGCAGUUCCCUUUGUCGCCAAGGACAAGCCCAGCCCGGCGGCGGAGUUCGCUCAGCCGGACGUGCUCAUCGGCUUCACCGUGUUGGCCUACCGAUACGAAGGCUUGCGCCUCUCGGACACCACGCAGAUGCUGCACCACUUGCAGAUGAAGUCUGCACGUGAAUCCGGGCCUUGGAGUUCUCGCCCCACCUGCGUCCUCUUUGAGCGCUGGAAGGAUCUUGGCGCGAAGCGCUACGCCGAGAAGGGCGGCAAGUCCACGGCCGGAGGACUUGAGCCGCUGAACUGGGAGGUGAACCUGGACGACGAGUGGAAGAAACUGCCCAACUCCAUCACCGAGAAGCUGCGGGAAGCUGUGGCAAGGAAGGAGACGACCAUUCGAUUCCAAGGCUUCGGAGCUCAGAUGUACAUGAUCAACCUGGAGACCAUGGUUCAAGAAAACGUGAAGUCCAAGAAGCAGAGGAAGAUACGGCAAGUGGAGUCCACGGCCAAGAGGGGCGAGGAUUUGAAGCUCCCGGAGCUCCAGGCCUUGUCCUCCUCCGAGGCGCGGGAGGGCAUCUGGGCACCGGGGCACUGGAGGCGUCAGCGGAGCGUCGGCGUGCCGCGCGGCGCUGUCUCGAGCGCUUCGGUACUUCGGUACUUCGGCUCGGCGGGCUGA